AUGAGUUCAUUGUGUUUUUAUUUCUAUUUAUUUAGUGUGUGUUAUUUGGCAGUGAGUGCAAAUGUUUUACGAAAAAAUGAUUUAUAUCGCUUGGAUAUCGUGCAUUAUAACGAUUUUCACGAUAGAUUUGAAGAAACUUCAGUAGCCUUUCCAAUAUGCAAAUCCAACGACAGCUCUUGUGUAGGAGGCUUCGCUCGUCUUUACUACGAGAUUCAAGACUUGUUACGAGAGAAACCUCAAGCCCUGGUGUUAGACGCUGGAGACACGUACCAGGGCACUUACUGGUACACACUACUUAAGUGGAAUAUUACACAGAAGUUCAUUAAUAUGAUACCAAAUGAUGUCCAUGCCCUCGGAAAUCAUGAGUUCGACGAUGGCAUUCCAGGCCUUGCUCCAUACAUCAAGGGGCUCAAGGCUCCGGUUGUUGCAGCCAAUCUCGUUAGCUCCAGUGAUUCUGAAAUAUAUGGUCUUUACCAGCCUCAUGUUAUAAUAGAGAAGAAUGGACGGAAGAUUGGUGUAAUCGGUCUGAUUACUACAAGAACCCAGAUGAUAUCGAGAGCAGAUGGUGUUAAGUUUCUGGAACCCAUUCCAGUAGUGGAGAAAGAAGCUCAGCUGUUGACAGAACAGGGCGUGACAAUCAUUGUGGUGCUAUCUCAUUGUGGACUUGAUGUAGACAAAGAUAUUGCCAAGAAAGUGGGUCAGAAUAUAGAUGUUAUUGUUGGCGGACACACACACAGUCUUCUGUGGAAUGGAGAGGCACCUACCAAAGAACACGUAGACGGACCUUACCCAAUACUAGUGGAAACUGAAAACAAGCCGGGGCACAAGGUACUGGUAGUGACAGCGUCAGCGUACUCCAAGUACUUGGGCAACAUGUCUGUAUACUUCGACGAACAAGGCGACUUGCAAGAUUUUGAAGGAUCACCAGUUUUCUUGAACAGAUCUAUACCAGAAGAUCCGAAAAUCAAAUCUCUUCUGGAGCCAUACGCCGACAAGUUGCACAAAAUGGUUAGUGAAGUAGUUGGUUACACAAACGAAGACCUGCCAAUGGACCCCUGCAGUAGUGGAGAAUGCAAGUUGGGAAAUCUGUUUACAGAUGCCAUUUUGGAUAGCGCGAACAAAUUGUAUCCAUCAGGCUUACCAAGUAUCUCAUUUGCACAACGAAAUUCAAUUCGAGCAUCUAUACAGAAAGGAGAUAUAACAAGAGGAACUAUAAUCAAUAUGUCUCCAUUCACAAACAAAGUUGUGACAUUUGUUAUACCCGGAAGAUACAUCAUUAAAGCAUUACAAAGUUCAGUUAUGAAUCCAUGGGUUGCUCAUCCGUAUGCGGGUGCUUAUACCCCAAUGGUUUCAGGUAUUAGACUGAAGAUCAAUACAACGUCAGCUGAUGUCUUGGAAGCAUUCCUGGCAGCCAGUAAUGGGAAUGAGGAAUUCGACCCAGAACAAGAAUAUCAACUGACAACGUUGGACUUCUUAUCAACAUUUUCAUUUAAAUACAUGAAACAAUACGGUCGCAACUUCAAAGUGAUUGGAAAUGACCGUGAUGUGAUUGAAGAGUACAUCAGAUCAAAGACGCCCAUUACACCCUACUUAGACAACAGACUCACGCUAGUUGAAUAA